AAAACACACUGUGCACCGUUGAUUGGGUGAGCAGACGUAAGUCGUUUUGGCUCUACCCAAAAAAUGGGAACUGCUGUUGAGGCUAAAGAUGGAAGAGAAAGCCGACGCUCGUCGAGACUAUCCCAAAAAGUAAUGAUUUUUGUGGUGGUGCUUGGGAUUUGCGUUGGAUUUUCCGUCUGUUUGGAGUUGUUGAGGGAAAGAGUAAGAGAACUAGAGGCUGAUGUCACUCGAUUGAGUGAAGUCGACAAGGACGGCCAUGAUCAAGCUGGUGCCUCCGGUCAAAGAAAUCGUCGAGAUUCACCCAUCUCUAACUUUGUUUCCUUGGACGAUGUUCGUAGAGAAAUUAAAGUGCGACUCAAAUCGCUAACAGCAUCGCAGCUGUGCUCACCUCAAGAGAAAAUAUGUGUACCAGGCCCCAGCGGUCCAAAAGGUGACAUGGGAUUCAGGGGACGACGUGGAAAAAAAGGAAACGCUGGGAACAAGGGGGACAAGGGUGACAUAGGUUAUCCAGGAAUGAAAGGUACUCAGGGUUUACCAGGACCAUAUGGGUUGAAUGGCCAGCAAGGUCGCCCAGGUGAACCAGGCCUGAGAGGAGAGAAAGGAAACAAGGGCGAACGUGGUACAUGCAGAGGUAUGGCCUCGUGUAAUGGUUACCCUCCAAUGCCUGGACCAAAAGGCGAACCUGGUCCUGAGGGACCCCGUGGAUAUAAAGGUGAACGAGGACUCGAUGGGUUUGACGGUCCGAAAGGUAAUGCUGGGCUGCCAGGACCCAAAGGUGACAGGGGUGAGAAUGGUGCAUGUAAAAGAGGGGCUGCAUGCAAAGGGUUCAAAGGUGAACCUGGAAAUCCAGGACCUGAAGGCCAACCUGGAAUUGUAGGACCACAGGGCUUCAAAGGUAAUGAUGGAUACCCUGGGCUGCCAGGAGAAAAAGGUGAAACUGGACGGAAAGGAGACAACGGAGUGUGCACCAGAGGUGCCAGGUGCAGAGGGAUCAAAGGUGACCCUGGAAUGCCAGGACCAAAAGGAGAACCUGGAAUCACAGGACCCCGCGGCUACAAAGGAGAACAUGGCUACCCAGGAAUUAAGGGCCUUAAAGGUAAUUUUGGGUUCACAGGACUGACAGGUGAUCCUGGUCUCCCUGGAUCCCCUGGCUUUAAAGGUAAUGCAGGGAUCCCAGGAUUUGAUGGCCAAAAAGGUGAAACAGGGCAACCAGGAAGAAAAGGUGAACAUGGACAAAAAGGAGACAAUGGAUCAUGCACAGGAGGUACCUCUUGUGUUGGUAUUAAAGGUGAGCCUGGAAUGCCUGGACGAGACGGAGCACCUGGUGAUCCUGGAUUAGAGGGACUCCGAGGGCUACCUGGAAUGAGAGGCGCACCUGGAGAAGAUGGACCUCCAGGACCGAAAGGUGAACCUGGUCAGAAAGGAGAAAGAGGACAAGUGGAAGCAGUUUAGGGUGGAUUGACAAAAAGGUGACCCUGGUGAGAAAGGAAGCAAAGGGAAGCUAUACCUCAUAACACCACAAACAUUUUUUUUAUUUCUAAUAUUCUUUAAGGUAACCACAGUGGAUUCCAAUCUCUUAAGGUCAAAAUGAUUUUAUGAAACAAAUUGUAAUCAGUUUUAAAACUAAAUUGAAUAUAAGAGAACCGUGACAAAUUUUUUUUAUUGUAAGGUAUUCUAUGGAGUCUUUUUCAGAUUAAAAAAAAAGUACAUGAAAAAAUAAAAUUGUAUGGUGAAGGUUCAUCUUAAUUAUUAUUAAUAACUGAAUUACAUGUGAGAAGGGAUAAAGUCACUUUGCUUCCAAUUCAGAAAAAUUUUGGAAUCUCUUUUUAAUUAUUCAAGGAGAUUUUUACAACAUUAUGACUCACUUUUUGCCUACAACAAGAAGGAAAUGUGCAGAUUUUACUUUUCAAACUU